AUGCCCGAAGAUUGGAAUCUCAGCAUGAUCUGUCCCAUCCUGAAGAAGGGCGAUGCCACGGUGCGCACCAACUACCGCGGAAUUAGUCUUCUUCCAGUUGCAUACAAGGUCCUAACGAGCGUAUUGUGUGAAAGACUGAAACCCCAUGCUGAAGCACUGAUUGGACCUUAUCAGUGUGGGUUCAGGCCUGGCAAGUCCACUGUUGACCAGAUUUUCACCUUGCGCCAAAUCCUGGAGAAGUCUUACGAAAACCAGAUCGACACGUACCAUCUCUUCGUCGACUACAAAGCCGCAUUUGAUAGCCCUCGGCGAGAUCGCCUAUAUGCCGCCAUGUCGAGCUUGGGUGUCGAUUACCUCCGUGCGACACCGAAGUUUUCGGAGGCGAUUACACUCGCUGGCCCACUUCGGGAUUUAUUUACGGCUCUCUACAUCCAGAACCCGAGACUGUCGGAAGUUGAGAAACUCUUCUAUCUCAACUCCAAGACCAGCGGUGAAGCCCAUUCAAUUGUUUCAAAGUCUCCUUUGACAAAUGAAGGGUUUCAGUCAGCUUGGUCCAGCUUGACUGAGCGUUUCGAGAACAAACGGUUGUUCAAUUUGCCCGCCAUUGGGCAAGAGUCGGGUUCCUCUAUUCUGGAGCUGCAGAGCACUAUUCAAGGGUGUCUGACAGCCUUAGAGCACUCGAAGAUCAAU